AUGUCUUCCGCCUCCAAGUAUACAGACGAUUUGGCUUGCCCAAUUGAAGACAUUCUAAAACACUAUGAAUUCGACCCGACUAUACUCGAGCGUAUUGCGGUGCGCAAAGCAAAACAACCACUAGCUAUUGAGCCUCCCAACCCCGCGUGGCCUCAGCAAUUUGAAGACCUCAAGUCUCGCAUAUCUGCCGCCCUAGGCCCCAAAGCCCUGAGCAUCUCCCAUGUCGGCUCAACCUCUAUCCCGAACCUCCCUGCCAAAGACGUCAUAGACAUCGAUCUCACCGUCCCUGACCCGACGGACGAGGACGAUUAUGCGCCCGCUUUGGAGGCUGCUGGCUUCCAGUUUCUCACCCGCGAGCGCGGGUGGCACGAACACCGCUUCUUCGCGAUGCAUGAGCCUUACUUCUGCAACCUGCACGUCUUCAAGCCCGGGACGGCGGAGCUGGUAAGGCAUCAGAUCAUGAAGGAGUGGCUUACGUCAAAUGAGGCCGACAGGGAGCUAUACGCGAAGACGAAGAUGGAGGCUGCGGGUAUCAGUGUCGGGUUGGGUGAGACCGUGAUGCAAUACAAUCUUCGAAAGGAAAAUGUCAUUCGAGAGAUUCUGGAGAGGGCUUUCCGGGCGAAGGGUUACCUACCCGAGGUCGAGAACUGA